CCUGAUUUCUGGUUUUCGCUUUCCCCAAUUGUUCCCACUCCGCGCCCCCCCACCCCUUUGCCUUUGCCCUUCGAUUUUCAGGUAAGGGAUCCAUUGCUCGCGUUCGCAUUCGCAUUCGCAUUCGGAUUUCGGAUUCAGAUUCAGCUCUUGCUGCUGCGCUAGCUAGCUAGCUGUUUGUUUGUUUUCCGUUUUAGUGUCAACAUCAUGAGGAAAUGGAAGCUCAUGCGUGGAUCCGUUAUUUUAAGGGCUUACUGUUCGCUUUGAUGCAUCGUGAGCAUUGGCCAUCUGGAGUGUAAGUUCAAGCGCUCCUUGUCUCUGAGACUCAGCACCUGCACACACAGCACAAAUUUGAAAAAUGGGCCACAGCGUUGCUAAUGAGAGUGAAGAUGGAGUGCUCUCUGCUGAUUCGCCUGUGAGUAAUGAUGGUGACAAUUUCGGUGGAAGUUCUAAUGGUGGGAUUGUCUUAAAGAAAGGCCCAUGGACAUCUGCUGAGGAUGCGAUCUUGGUUGAAUAUGUGAAGAAACAUGGUGAAGGCAAUUGGAAUGCUGUUCAGAAACACACCGGGUUGUUGCGUUGUGGUAAAAGCUGCCGUCUGCGAUGGGCUAACCAUUUAAGGCCAAAUCUGAAGAAAGGAGCAUUUACAACGGAAGAAGAAAGACUGAUAAUUGAACUUCAUGCUAAGAUGGGAAAUAAAUGGGCUCGAAUGGCUGCACAUUUGCCGGGACGUACAGACAAUGAGAUCAAGAACUACUGGAAUACAAGAAUAAAAAGACGUCAACGUGCUGGCUUACCUCUUUAUCCUCCUGAACUAUGCAUGCAAACCCUUCCCGAGAGCCAACAAGUCCGCGAUUCCCCUGGAAUGUACGGUGGAGAUACAGGGUGUCAAGACAUCUUGCAAAGUGAUGGUUAUAAGGCGUCCGAUUUCAUGUUUGAUGGCUUAAACAUGCUACCAUGCCCACCAGAGUUUGCAGAUAUUCCUCCCGGCAGCAAUUCUCUGAUAAACGGUUUUGGUUGCCCUCAGUUUCACUGUUUUGUUCCCCAAACACUAAGGUCACAGAAAUGCAUAAACCCCCCUGAUGAAGCCAUGCCAGACUACAUGGAAGGUGCUGCUAAUAAUAGAGCGCCGUCGUUUAACAGCGUGUGCAACGAGAAAUACGAGGAUAAAGUGUCUCAACCCCCCUUGGGUCUUUACUCCUUGUAUGAUAUUGAUCACACUGACAAGCUGUUGCCUCUCGGUGCAGAUCAGGAUGGUCAGUUUAUGUCAAAUGGUAUUUUCUCUGCUUCUAAGCACAUUUCCAGUGCCGAGAAGUUUGAGCUCCCUUCACUCCAAUAUCAAGAAACUGGUUUAGGUUUCUGGGAUCCUCCACCAGAAUCAGUGGAUUCCUUUAUCCAGUCUUCUAUAGGUGGGCAACUCCCAACAGAUUGUUCUUCUCCUCGAACCAGUGGCCUAUUAGAAGACUUAGUUUACGAGGCAAAGGCUCUAAGUAAUUCGCAGAAUCAAGUUUCCGACAAGGUUCCUUCUUCCAUUGGUGCUGGUACAGCAGACAGUUGUGCCGCCGUGUUCAAAGGUUAUCUUGAUCCUACUUCCCCACAGUGUAAUUCAUUCGGAUCAAUGUUCGGCGAAUGCAUCCCUGCCCAUGGAGUUGGAAGUACAAUAAAAGAAAAGAUGCCCUCUGUGAAAUCAGAAGUUGGUGAUCAAGGAUGGAUCCUGGACAGCAGCAGCAAACAUAAAGAAAAUUUGAACCAGUUGGUGUGUUCGAGACCAGAUGCCGUACUAGGAUCGUCCUGGCUUGCAUCGAAGCAAGAUCCGGAUCCUAUUGCAGCAUUCAUCAGCGACGAUUUUGGGAAUGAUCUAAACAUGUGUGGGGGAACUUGUUCUGUGUCCACUUCCACCUUGACCACCUCUUCUUCGAGCUGGGGCCUCGGCCUCGGCUCCUGCACCUGGAAUAACAUGCCCGCCGUCUGCCAAAUGUCCGAUCGCCCGACGUCGUAACUCAAGUUGCAUCAUCAUCAUCAUCAUCCCCAGGUUGUUGCCACUAUUUCUUCUUUUUUUGGUUUUUGGUUUUUGGAUGAGAAGAACACAGAGAGAGAGAGAGAGAGAGAGAGAGAGAGAGAGAGAGAGACAUAGAAAGAGUAGAGUGUUCUGGAGGCGUAUUUGAUUGAAGAUGAGGAUUUCUAUCAGCUCUGGUAUUUGCACUCCAUCCUACACUGGCUGGCUGGAUGUUGGACUAUUAUUUUGUUUACAUGCAUUCUUAUUGAAA